AUGCAACGUCCAAGUGCCAGGUGUUGGGUUAAGUUUGGAAUACUCAUCCGUAACGAGAAACUCCACGCUUUCAGCUGUUCCGAUCAACAACAUUAUUUUGCUGAUGAAAAAUAUGAAAAUUUGUACAAGAAAAUUAUUUUUGACUUCUUCAUCACCAUAAUUAUGUAUUCAUGUAUGCACAAUACACUUUGA